AUGGGCGUGCCGUACAUGGUGGCGGACGUGGGGGGCGUGUCUGAAUUGGUGGACCUGAGCGCAUUCUCAGAGGCUGUGUUGCCGGAGGCGGGUGCGGCGCGACUGGCUGCGCAGCUGCAGACCGCCUUGACGGGGGCGCAGCAGUGGGUGGACUGGCACAGGAGCUUUGCGGCCCAAAGGAGCGCCCUCUCACAGGCUGAUGUGGCGGUGGCGAAGAGCGGGGGGACUGGGGAAGUGCAGGUGGUGCCGGUGCGAAGGGGAGAUGCCGCGCAGCGGCUCUGGCAGAGGGCGUGCGGCGGCACAAGCAUCGCAGAAACGCUGCUUCUGCUUCCUGACGGCUUCUCCCUGCUGCCGGGCGAGGGCAUUUUGCAGGCGAUGGCGGGGUUGCUAGCGACGGCGGAGGCGCGCGGCGGGCGCAUCGGGGCGCUGACAUUCGGGGUGGAGCUGCCAUCGGGGGAGCACGCGUUUCCUUCCAGCCCGACCUGGCUGCUGCACGCGGGGGGAGUUCCCUCCAAACGCUGCUACGACGGGGCCCCCGUGAUCCUGCGGGGGUCCACCUUCUGCGAUAGGGUCCCGGGGGCGCGCGCGGGGGUGGUUAAGUCGUACAGCGUCUGGGCCCUCGCCCGGCUGCUCAGCCACGCCGGCCUCCACCUGCACACCUACCCCCAGUCGUUCUUCCGGGUGGGGGAGUGGGAUGCGGGCGAGGGCUUUGAGCCGUGCGUGGCGACGCGGCUGCCAGAGCAGCGGCGCGCAGAGUACGGGCAGGCGGCCGCCGUGCUGUUCCAGGACGCCGAGCAGACGCUGUGGGACAUGCAGAUCGGCCACUCCGGCCGGCCGCUGGCGUCGCUGAAUGCGGACUAUCCCACCUUCCAGCGGCACCUGGGGUGGACGUUUGGGUACUUCACUGGGGCGGCCUCCACCAAAUUGGAGCAGCUGGUGUGGCGGGAGGCCGAGAACAACGCUCAAGCCGGCGGCAUGCACCCGUGCGCGUCGGAGGAGGGGCGCUGCUGCGGCAACGUGACGUAUGCGGCGGCCGCGGUGAGGUUUACGGCGCACUUCCGCGCGAUGCAGGCGCGCGUCAUGCUGGCGUACGAUGUGUACCCGCUCUGUGGAGACGGCAUCGACCUCAUCGUCUCCCACAACUUCUACGACCCCAGCAGGCCGCCGUCGGUGCUGAUGGCGCAGGCGUACAACAUGAAGCCGGAGGCGGAGGGAACAUCCAACCGCCGGCGCGUGGAAUGGACGCGCGACAUCGAGGCCGGGGACAGCUUCGACUUCGUGCUGCACCCGCGCCGCACGCAUGCAUGCGACGGCAUGAGCAUCAUCGACAUCAUUGUAUGGCCGCAGGCUGCCGCCGCCUGA